UAAGCAUUGUAAGAGACCGAGCUCGAGAAAAUUCUGUGCAAAAGAUGAGAACAAACCAGACAAAUGCAGGAACACAUAUUGAAAAAAAUCAAAAGAGACAGCUGGCAAAAGAAGAAAAAAAAGAGGAAGAAAGAUGGAAUAACUUGUCCCCAAGUAUUAUAAAGGAAAUUAGAAAAAAUCUUAAUUCUGGCAUAAAAAAAUUAGAAGACUUUCUCCAAACAUGCACUGUUAAAUCUGUAAAAUUUAUUGCAGAGAUGGCAGGAUUAAAUGCUUGUUUCAAAUUAUGGAAAAAAAACUGUUUAAAACCAGAAGCAGAGUCCAAAGAUAUAAACAUAAUAAUUAACUUGAUGAAAAGGAUUCACAUAAUCCAUGAAAAAUAUUCAGAACAAUUACAAAAUACACAUCGACAAAAAUUAGCCAAAUAUUUAAAAUAUAUUGGAUUUGGCAACUUGGCAUACUCAUUAUGUCAUCAGGUAGAUGCCACAGGAAAUAUUACCAAGAAGGAUAUUUCUAAAUAUUCAGUUGACAUGGGAGCAGCUCGGUUUCAAUUAACAUACAUGGGCCCUUACUUAUUUCGAGAAGAAAGAUGUGAUUCAGAUCCCAGGGUGAAUCAUUUUAUACCAGACAUGUGGCAGAGGGAGCUCCUUGAUGUUGUAGAUAAUAAUGAAUCUGCUGUGAUUGUUGCUCCAACCUCAUCAGGGAAAACCUAUGCUUCUUACUACUGCAUGGAGAAAAUCCUGAGAGAGAGUCAUGAUGGGGUAGUUGUAUAUGUUGCUCCAACAAAGGCUCUUGUCAACCAAGUGGUGAGAACUAUCGAUGAAUUAUUUACCAAAGCACAGCCCAGUGGAAAGGCAUUGUGUGGAGUUUUCACAAGAGAUUACCGUAAUGAUGCCUUAAAUUGUCGGAUAUUGGUGACAGUGCCUCAGUGUUUAGAAAUACUCUUAUUAGCUCCUCAAUAUCAAAAGUGGGUGAAAAGGAUGAGAUAUGUCAUAUUUGAUGAGGUUCACUGUCUUGGGGGAGAAUUUGGAGCAGAAGUUUGGGAACAUCUUCUAGUUAUGAUUCGGUGUCCCUUUCUGGCACUUUCUGCUACUAUCAGUAAUCCUGACCAUCUCACUGAGUGGUUGGCGUUAACAAAAAGAUACUGGCAACAUGUUGAGAGCACAAUGGAAAAUUCCAGACCUUCACAAAAUGUCUCAAAAGGUUCAAAGAAACCAGUAAAAAAAAGAACUGUUGCAUCAUACAGAGUUAGACUGGUGUGGCACAAAGAGCGAUACAAUGAUGUUGAAAAGUAUGUGUGUUCCCUAAAGGAUAAUAAAUUUCUCAUUGAACAUUAUCACCCAUUUGCUGCACUUACUGUCAAUCAUAUAAAGAAGUGUGGAAUCCCUUUAGACCUUGGAUUUUCCCCUCGGGAAAGCAUACUGUUUUAUGAUGCUAUGGUACACAUUUGGCCAGAAUGGCCAAGAAUGCAGGAAUUAGAACCUGAAGAAUUCAGCUGCUUCAAAAAUAAAUUAGUCAUCAAAAAGGCUGAUGUGAAGAAAUAUGAAGAGGAACUUAAAAAGGAAAUGAUUUGUUGGGUUGAGCGGGACCCAAGCAAGGUGAAUCAGUUACUGAAUUUCCUUAAACCGCAAACGUUUGACUGUGCAGAAAGUGACAAACAAAAAAUGUUUCCACGUUUUGUGGAAAAACUGAAAACAAUGGACAGGCUGCCUGCAAUAUUUUUUAUAUUCAACAUUCGUGAAGUGGAAGCAUUAGCUUUAGAACUUUUUCGCAAUUUGAAAAAACGGCAAAAUACUAAUAAUGGUCCAAAUUCUAAAAAACAGAAAAGUUUGAACAUGGAUGUAUUGACAGUGAAGAAGUCUCAAAAAAGGAAAGAUGCUGUUUCUUCACAUUUAGAUUCAGAUGCUAAGCAUCAGAGAGAAAUUAUAUCGAAGGCUGAAAAGAAGGAAAUGCAAAAAUAUCUUGAAACACACACUGAAAUUUCUCCAGACUGUAGCUAUGCUGAUGAUACAGCUGUGGAUGAUGAGACUUUAACGGAGCUCUUAAAUAAACUGAUGGAAACAAGACAAGGCUAUAAGCUGCACGAUCUAUUACAAAGGGGCAUUGGAUUUCAUCAUGGUUCAAUGGAACAUGCAGAAAGAGAAGUUGUAGAGUUGCUUUUCAGACAGAAUUACAUUAAGGUGGUAAUAGCUACCUCAUCCCUUGCAUUGGGAAUUAAUAUGCCAUGUAAAUCUGUUGUUUUUACUGAAGACUCUUGUUUUUUGGAUGCCUUGAACUUUCGUCAGAUGUCUGGUCGGGCAGGAAGACGUGGAGAAGAUCUUGUGGGCAAUGUCUUCUUUUAUGGUAUACCUUUACCCAAGGUAGAAAGACUCUUAAGAUCAGAUGUGCCCAAAUUGAAGGGUCAAUUUCCUUUAAGCAUAUCAUUCGUUCUCAGACUUAUGAUGCUAGUUGCCAAAGCAGAUGACAAAAAGGAUGCCAAAGCAAAGGCAAUAUCAGCUCUCGAACAUUCAUUGAUAUCCUUCAAGAAACCAAAGAUUAAAACCAUUAUAAAAUUAUAUUUUAUAUAUGCUUUGCAAUUUUUGGUCACAGAGGGUUACCUGAAUCAGCAAUGUAUUCCCAUUGGAUUUUCUGGAUUUGUGUCUCAUUUGCACUACCAUGAACCUUCAAGUUUUGUUUUUGUAAGCUUACUGAAAAAAGGUUUAUUUCACAAUUUGUGUGUUCCAGAAAAGAAACAAGGCCCAAAGAAAUUUUCUGAAACUGUGAUGGAAAAGUUAGUGAUAGUGUUGGCACAUCUUUUUGGAAGAAAAUAUCUUCCUCCCUGUGUAGAAGACUAUAAAAAGCAGCAUUCUGAUUCAGUGGUGAUUCUAGAGAAUCUUCCCAGGAAAUAUACUAGGAUGAUAGAAACAUACAACAAAAGAAUUCAAAAUAAUUUUGUUUCCUAUCUCCUAAUGAUUUCUAAGUUGGCCGACUUGAGAAAAGAAUGCCAACUACCUCUCUCAGAAAUUGAAUUUUCAGGUGAAGGAUGUGAAGAGUCUGAACUGGUCUCUCAUUUAAUGCCUGGGACUGAAAGCAGAACUGCUGUUUCCCCUUUUGCAUGUUUGUCCAACAUAACUGACCAAGAUUUAUUUGAUAUUAAUAUAAUAAGUGAUGUUAUGUUACGAACAAUUAAUGUGAAUGUAAGAAACAUUCCUUUGUUUCCCUUGAAUAAAUAUGAUAGUACUGGAAGAAAAUAUCCAUUGAACGCAUACUUAUUGAACUUCUACAGAUGUGGUUCCCUCUUUGAACUGACUGAGGGUAAUUGUUUACAUAUGGGAGAGGCCUUCAACUCGGUCAAAGACUUUACAAUUGUUCUUCAGUCCAUCAGGGUUUCCCUAGAAAAAUUAGGUACAAAAGAAGACAACAAUGUUGUGCUGGCAUUUCAACAACUAAUUGAAAAAUUCAGGAAACAACCUUGGUGAAAAAAAAAAAAUAUUGACAAAGUUAAA